GACACUGCGGUGUUUGCUAGUCGGAUCAAAAUGGCUGCGAGACCACUGACGCCGAGAGCUUACUGAACGCCUACCAUGACUGUGCUCUCCGCCGUCUGGACCCACACAGAAUGUAUUUUACCGGAGUCGCUUCUCACUUUGCAUUUCCGGUAGCCGGCGCGUCACAAGUCGUUCCGCUGGCGAGCUAAACCUUUCUUUUUUUAGCACUUUAAACCUAGUUAGCCGGCUGGCUUUCGGACGGCCGUUUGCUAACACGGACAACAAACUGCGCCAUAAUUGUUUUUGUUUAACCUCUAGCAGCUAACGUUGGCUCCAACAAUUUAUCCGGCUUUCAACGGCCGUUUUUAUCCGCAUCGUUUAUUUUUGUUGUGGUUGCUGGCUGCGCUUCGCCCCCUUCCCCGCCCCUUUCCUGUAUCGCAUAUGACGUUUUAGCAUUUCAUAUUUUGGACAAGUGCUUUUUUUUGUUUACAUGUCCCCCCCCCCCCAGCUAUACAUUAUAAUAUUGUGUUUUUGGUAUAAGUGACUGAAGAGGGGUCGUUGUUUACCUCGCCAUCCGGUCACCAAGCUGCUACGGCGGUCGUCGACGAAGCUGCCGAGUCGUCGUCGCUUUACGGGUAACUUUGCAGAGGACACCGGGGGCAUGAUUUCAAGCUGCCAAAGCCAUGGUUAAUGCAAGCUGAGAGAGGCUAGCAACACAAGAAAGAGAACCAUUUGAUGGAAGAAAAGAGAAAGAAAAAGCAAGAAGAAAAGAUCAAGAAGGACAACGCGCAAAAAAAGGCUACAGAACAGAAAACCAAAGUGCCAGAGCCUGCUCCCUCUUACCCCAGUCCCGGCACAUCCAACCACCACCACCCCCCUGCCAGUCCUAAGCUACCACUCUCCUCUUCAUUUUAUUCUGGCAAUGACCAGCGCAACUCCUCCAGUAGCCAGCCACAGAGUACGACUUCCCCUCAGCUGCAGUGCCAGUUGUCAUCUCACGGUGCUCGCUACCCGCCAAGAGAGGUGCCCCCACGCUUCCGCCAACAGGAGAACAAGCAGCUACUGAAGAGAGGCCAGCCAUUACCAGCAGGGGCCUUCAGUGCUCUCACACAGUCCUCCUCCUCGUCUUUGUCACCUUCAUUACCUUAUUCUUCACCUUCAACAAGCACCAGCAUCACUACCCCAAACUCUACAGAGGUCACUGCAGGCAAACAGCAGCCAGACAUAUCCCUGCCGAGUGGCAAUUGCUUUUUGGGAGCAUCCUUGCAAGCUGACAGCGUUUCCCGUGCCAACAAAGGGAUUAUUGAGAGAAGUGACAUUAAAGCUUGGCCCUCCAUUAGCCACAGCAGUGACCCUAGCUGUCCUGCAGCACCAGAAUGCCCCUUGGGCUCAGCUAGUUUCAGCACAGACGUCAGCGCUGUCACUCCCACCAGUAGUACUUUUCUGAGUAUGGCCACAGGUGCCACAGGCCAACCGGCCAACUACCCAACUCUUAAAUCUAACAAUAACAUGAUGACAGGACCUGGGUCAGCCAACACGUUAUCUAGUAACAAAGGUUGGGGCUCAGAUACCAAACAAGAUGGAAUUAAUGGAGGGCGAGUAGGAACGCCUAAUCACUGGGGCUCACCCGGUUUUAAUUUAAAUCUCAAUCCCAAUGCCAACCCAUCAGCCUGGCCAGUUCUCGGUCAUGAGGGGGGUGGUGUUAUUGGCCCUAAUGGGGUGUCCACCUCAUCUCACCCACCAGGCAAUGGGAAUGGAAACCUUGGGAAAGGGGGUGUUGGAGGCGCAAAUGCUUGUGGCGGAGGUUGGGUUAGCAUGGUUGGUGCUAAUGAAAAUGAACAACAGCGGUCCUCAACCAACACAACCCUGUCUUUCAAUAUGGAAACUAACCGGAACACGGAUGGACCAAACCACAACAAGCAACAAGCUCAGGAGCCUAUGAGCCCUAUCCAUGGCUUAACUGGCUGGGGAGGCCAGUCACCUACUGAAUCAUCUCAACUUAAUGGAGACACAACAGGCAGCUCUGUAUGGGGUAGUCCAGAAACCAAGCCAGUUGACUCCCCAAAGGACUCCGCCUGGGAGGCAGCUCCCUCUGCAGGCCUCUCUUCCUGGGGCCGCCAAGGUAGUGGUGGGGGGAGUAAUGGAAGCGGUGGCUGGGGAGACUGGGGAAAAUCCUCCGGCGGUGGAGAUGCAUCGAAGGCCUGGGACUCUCUUGAUGCCGGCAGUUCGGGUUCUGGUCAAGAGCAACAGCUUGGCUCAUGGGGUAAGCAACCUGGAACUGCUCCAGAAAGCGAGGGGAGUGGGGACAGCAGAAAUGGCCUAUCUCACAACAGAGAGAGGUCGUCAAGCAUGGAUUGUACCCCUCUGUUACCACGACAGGACUUGGACCCAAGAGUACUAAGUAACAUGGGCUGGGGGCAGACUCCCAUUCGACAGCACACAGUAUGGGAGAUGGAGGAGGCAAACUCUGAUGAUGGGAAAAGCAGCAGCAGCUCAGACACAUUUGAAGGUUCCAGCUCUAGUAGUGGUCCUUCUUCCACAGAUAGCAGUACCGUGAACCCCAAUACUGCUGCUAAUCAAAGGCAUGAAUCCGAAGGAAAACGUGACAGCGAUGGAUCUUUAGGUUGGGGAGGCCUUCCACCCCAGCAGGUCAAGACUGGAUCUGGAUGGGGUGAUCACCCACAGUCACUGAACGAAGCAGCUAAUGGCACCACCAGUGGUUGGGGAGACUCAAUGCCAACCAAUGGACCUAAAAAUGUGGGCAUGACAACUUGGGGCUCUCAGGACAAGUCCCCUACUUGGGACAGUAACAUGACAAAAAGUCAGUCCAAUAAUUGGGGGGAGGGCCCACGUAGUAGCUCCCACGGUUGGGGCACUAGUAAUGGGGGCUCCAACAGCUCGAGGGAUUGGGGUGAACCAGAAAUCAAGAACAAUGGGUCCCCCAGCAGCAUGUGGGAAGGUGAAGGGGGAAAUGGAGGUAAUAGUGGUUGGAAAGAAAAUGCUAGAGGAGGAAACCGAGGAGGUGUUAAGCUAACUUCCUCUGUGAGCAACAGCACUUGGGGAGAGACCUCACGUGCCAAUGGCCCAGUGCAGGGUACCUGGGGCUCGUCUAAGCCCAAUGAAAGCAGCAGCAGUAGCAGCACUGGUAGUGGAGGAGGAGGUAGCAUUGGUUCUUGGGGAGGUCCUGGGUCUGUGAAACAGAACACCUCCAACUGGAGCAAUGUCAACAAACAGGACCAGUGCUUGGAGUCCACUGGUUGGGAAGAGCCCUCGCCACCCUCCGUCCGCAGAAAGAUGGAGAUUGAUGAUGGAACAUCUACCUGGGGUGAUCCUAACGCAUCCAACAAGACUGUCAACAUGUGGGAUCGCAAUAAUCCUAAUGGUAACCAAAGCAACAGUGGCCCACCCUCCAUUAAGAAUGCUGGUAUGAUCCCACCCAACAAUACCAACAACAAUCAUUCUGUCAGCCCUGGAAACAACAAUCACAACAAUCACCAUGGUCAUCUGAUGCACCACCAUUCUCACCAUGGCAACGCACCAAGCCAUUUGCAACACCACGGAAACAACUAUGGCUCACCCAACAAUUGUGCCCCGCACCAGGGUGCAGGCCCCCACGGUAGACCUCCUGUUGCUAACCCAGGCUGGGGAGAGCUUCCCAACGUACAACCCAAGUCAGAGCCUGCUUGGGGAGAGCCUGCCGCUCCGACAUCAGCUGUGGACAAUGGCACCUCCGCUUGGGGUAAGCCUCCAAGGGGAGCUGGAGGAUGGGGAGGAGAUGGUGGACAUGAGCCCUCCGGGCCUUAUGGCAGGGCCAACGGACCCUCCUGCAAGCCUGGUCCAAAACCUAUGCAAGACAGCUGGGGAAGCGGAGGCGAGGAAAUGGGCAUCACUACAAACCAAUGGGACACUGAGGACGGGGACAUGUGGAACGGCCCCACUAUGCAAGAGAGCAGUUCUUCUUGCAGUUCUUGGGGCAAUGGACCCAAGAAGGGCCCGAGCAAGGUGAAGAUGGGUAACAAGCCGGAUGAGACAUGGAUCAUGAACCGUCUUAUCAAGCAGCUCACUGACAUGGGCUUUCCAAGAGACCCUGCUGAGGAGGCUUUGAAGAGCAACAACAUGAAUCUUGACCAGGCCAUGAGUGCUCUGCUAGAGAAGAAAACUGACCUGGACAAGCGUAGUGUAGGCAUGUGUGAUUACAGCAACAGCCUGAACAAGCCUCUGGUGUGUCGACCAUCUGUGCUCACUAAAGAUCACUCUGACCGCAACGCCUUUCUUGACAAGGAUGGUGUUCUGUCCGAUGAUGCCCCCCCAUCACCGUUUCUGCCUUCCCCCAGCCUGAAGCUCCCCUUGGCCAGCAAUAGCCUUACUGGGCAGGGUCUGGGACCGGGCCACUCGGGGCUGGGGAUGCAAAACUUGAACAAUAGACAGAUACCCAGUGGAAUGUUUGGCAGCAGUGGGGCAGCACAAAGUCGGGCCAUGCAGCAGCCUCCUCAGCUACCAGUGCCACCUCUCAGCUCCUCCCAGCCUAGUUUACGUGCUCAAGUGCCUCCGUUUCUCUCCCCUCAGGUCCAAGCACAGCUCUUGCAAUUUGCAGCAAAAAACAUUGGUCUGAACCCUGCACUUUUAACCUCGCCAAUAAACCCUCAACAAAUGACCCUGUUGUAUCAACUUCAGCAACUGCAAAUGGCAUACCAGCGUUUACAAAUCCAGCAGCAGAUGAUGCAGGCGCAACGCAACGUUUCCGGCCCCAUUCGACAACAAGAGCAGCAAGUCGCACGCACAAUCACCAACAUGCAGCAGCAGAUCCAGCAGCACCAGCGUCAGCUCUACCAGGCGCUGCUGAUGAAGCAGCAGCAGCUUCCCUCCCAUUCCACCUCCUUUUCUUCCUCUUCCGCCGGUCUGCACGGCCCCACUGGAGGCUCCGCAUCCGGCAAAUCAAACCUGGAUCCUUUCACAGGCCCACAUCAGACCUCGGGCCUGGCCGACACACUGCACACCAAAGAGUCGCUGUCCUCACCCAAUGCCUACAGCGCCUACUCUCUUUCUGGACUCAAUCCAAACAUGAAUGUAAACUGCAUCGAGGUCGGAGGUCUGUCGCUAAAAGAACCCCCACAGCCCCAAUCCCGCUUGUCCCAGUGGACACACUCCAACGCCAUGGACAACCUCAGUGGCAACACCUCAAACUUGGAGAACAACCUCAACAAACACGGUGCCAUAUCUGCUGCCUCAACUCUAGGGCCCCCUGGGAAACCUCCCCAGUUGGAGGACUCCUACAGCCCAUACAGUCUGAUGUCCAAUUCAGAGUCGCCUGCCAGCCCUUUGGUGCCCCCAGACAGCUGGGGCCAAGGAAAGAACCCCAAUGAAAAAAUCACCAACGGGACCAACAUUAACUGGCCCCCAGAAUUUUGCCCAGGUGUGCCAUGGAAGGGCCUCCAGAACAUUGACCCGGAGAACGACCCUAACAUGACGCCCGGCAGCGUCCCCAGCGGCCCCACGAUCAACACCAACAUCCACGAUGUCAACAGAUACCUGCUGCGUGACAGAAAUGGAGGUAAACUGUCGGAUGUGAAAUCCACCUGGUCCUCGGGACCCAUCUCCCAGAACCAAGGCUCUCUGACCCACGAGCUGUGGAAAGUCCCUCAAGGCCCACGCGGCUCCACAGCUCCAUCUCGCCCUCCGCCAGGCCUCACCAACACCAAGCCGCCAUCUUCCACGUGGGGGGGGAACUCACUGGGCCUCUCACAAGGCUGGAGUGGCUCCUACUCCUCUGCAGAGGGAACUACCUGGAGUACAGACAGCUCCAACAGGACCAGCAGCUGGCUGGUGCUCAGGAAUCUCACACCUCAAAUCGACGGCUCCACUUUGCGGACUCUGUGCAUGCAGCACGGCCCCUUGAUCACAUUCCACCUCAACCUGACCCAAGGGAACGCCGUGGUGCGCUACAGCUCCAAGGACGAGGCCGCCAAAGCGCAGAAGUCUCUGCACAUGUGUGUGCUGGGUAACACCACCAUCUUGGCGGAGUUUGCCGGCGAGGAGGAGGUGAACCGCUUCUUUGCACAAGGCCAGUCGCUGGCCUCCAACAACACCACCAGCUGGCACGCCAACCCGGGACCCAAUCAGAAUCGAAUGGGCGGGGCAGCGCCGUCCCACUCCAUGGGCCAGUGGAGCAGCGGCGGAGGCAAGUCCAGCGGCGGCGACCUUCUUUGGGGAGGCGUGCCCCAGUACUCCAGCCUGUGGGGGCCUCCCAGCGGAGACGACGCCCGGGUGAUGGGGAGCCCCACCCAGAUUAACACCCUGCUGCCUGGAGACCUGCUGAGUGGGGAGUCCAUGUAGGAGGACGCCACACCACGUCCACGGAGGAAGGAGGAGGGGCUUGUACAGGAGCAAAAUCCAAGCAAAUCAUGUGGCGAUAAUCAGCACCAUUUUGGAACUUUCUGGAACUGUGAAAUGUGAAGCAGAAAUCUGAGGUUUUCUCCCACACGAACUUAAGACCUCAGUCUUUUAUUUUUGCAACAAACUGACACAUAAAACAAAAACCUUUUUUUUUUUUUUAGAAGAAGCAAUCAAAGCUGCCAUCUACCUUUUUCCUCCAAGAAGAAUGAAAUCAUCCCAAACAAAGCGAGCAUUCCCAGCAUGCACUGCGGCCAAUGAGGUGGUGGGAGGACCGUUCCUCGUUACCUUGUUUCUCAGCACUACAAUUAGCCUUAAGUGCUCUCUGGCCCAGGUUCUUCUUCCCAAGCCGCCUUUUUCUUUAGUGGACUCAUGAAGUACGUGAUGUAGUCUUGCACACUUUCACCUUCUUUAACCGCAGCGUUUGUCUUCUCUACGACGCUGCUGGCUGCUCGGGGUUCUGAUGUCUGUCCCAAAAUGUAAGCUGUGUGCAUAUUAAUCACUGACAAGACCACCUGGCUAAUGGGGGUCACCUCCAGUUCUUACUGGUGCUUUUUCUCUUCAGUCUGACUCGGUGGGCAAGGAGGAAGAACACGACUCCACCUUUGACAGUUUACAUUGUGCAAUAUACACUUUUGCUUUUCUUCUUGUCGUCGUGUAUUCCAUUGUUGUUUGGAACUUGAAAGACCUUCCUUGGAUUCCCUCCAGAGCGCCGAUCCCCCGUCCCCCAAGUUUUUUAAAAAGCAGCGGGGACUGAACCCUGCAACAGAGGACGAUGUCCUCUUUGCGUGCCGUACCCAACAAAAACUGGAUCCACAGGCCUAUGGGUAUCUAGCACACUACCAAAUAAAAGGACGGCGGUGCUCCUAAUGCAGUAAACUUACGAGUGUUCUGGAUCAACAAAGGAAAGACUUUUUUUUUUUGUAUUCUUUUUGUUUGAAAUCAUAGCACUUAUGAGGAGCUGCAGGCUCCAAUCCAAGAAAUCAAGACAGCUCUUUUUUGGACGAUUGAUAUCACUGUUACUCCAAAUGUUUCUAAGCCUUGCGCUCUUCGGGAGACCUGAAGCGUCUCCGGAGGCGGGCGGUGGGAAAGGGGAGGGGGCGGGCGUUUGGAAGCCACCGAGUGCCUCUGUACUGUGGUCCCCCCUAAAGCCCCCUUAUCGAGUGUGCGGCCGGCAUCACCACAGCAGCAUCAGCCGCACUUCCUCUCAACGGACUCAAUCUGGCAAUAACCACCUGCCUGCCUCUGAUGUGGCCCACGCCCACCGACUCUUAAAAAAAAACCACACAAAAAUCACUUUAGCUGGAAGAUUUAAUAGUCAUAUUUCUGGAUUUUUUUGUUGUGGCGUUGACACGCUGAAGUAGCCCUUCACUGUUCAUAUGCAGAAAACACUCGAAUGGGAUCAAUACUACAGACUUUGAUUGUGUUGGACAGUAUUCUGUACUACUUCCAGUCCAGGUUGUUUCUUGUUCAACUCUUUUGUUUUGGCCCAAGCUGCUCUCAUCGCCUAGCUGCUAUGCUGUCAUCACCCCCCCCCCCCCCGCCACCUCCUCCUCUAGUAGGCCCUUGUACCAGUUUCUAUGCAAAAGACAAGAGGCCCUUUUACAAGCAGUCCCCCGCCCGACCCCACCCACCCCUACUGCGUACUUCACGAUGGCCGCCAUUUCUCCAAAACACUGUUGCUAUCUUUAGUCGGAACACGUUAUCAACAACACCCGCCGUGUCCGAGCAUGAUCUCAGGGUAGGGGGAUGGCGGUGGGGGAAGCGGACGCCACCGCAACGACGCAGCUCUGAAACUCUGGCACACCUCGGCCUCCCAACACGUUGUGGUGUGAAAAGAAGCCAACAAAGUGUGCCAACUUGACUGAAAGCACUCUAAGGGCGGGGCUGGGGGAUGAAAGUGUUGACGGGCAGCAGCAUCACAUCCUGGAACGACUGACAUUUCUCUUUUAUGUUUUUGUGGGACAAACCUAACCUCGCGUUGGACGGUUCCAGUUUGCUACAGUGCACAGUUGAUGAUGGGUAAUCCCGGGUACAUAUUUUUUUAAAACCAAAAAAAACUGAAAAAAAAAAUAUCACACAUUUUAACAUCAUUUUUAUGAAGUUUGACAGAAAAAAUCUUAAAAAAACAAAACAAAAAGGUUGUAUAUGUUAAAGCUCUGCACUUCUAGCUGAAGGGUCGAGUCUCUCGUACCCCAGGAAGAAGUAGACCAGCGACCCGGCUGCCUUUUAUUUGAAUCGUUUUUAUGUUGACGUCCUGCUCAAAGCCGGCCCGCUGAUAUGAACUGUACAUUUCCACACAGCCAAAAAAAAAAAAAAAGGCUCCCUAGGGCCCAAACUGUAUCAGUCUCGCUCACACGGCGACGAGUUGGAGAGGUACAAAGUCUUAAAAAGGAAGAAAAAAAGGCUACCUUUUUCAGGACGUGACGUCCUGCAGCACACAAGCAAAAAUCACUAUUGCCUGUUUCUGUAACUGCCUUGAUGAUCCAAGCUCAGACAGACCCAAUAGCCGAGGAGUGGAAAACAUGCUGCACCAGCACUGAGAGGCUCUCUUCUACAUAGCAGUAUCUUGCAACAGCAACACGCCUCCGAUUGUAGCCUCUCAAAUGUUACCUUUGUGUUUGCCUCACCUGAAGAUGAGCAAUAUGUUCGCUUUUUUUCCUCUUUUGUUUUCGUCCCCCCGCAAAUAUGCGAAGAAACCAAUUUGGUUGUAAACGGAUACUUGAUCGUACAAAAGUUGGAGGUUGAAAUUCUGCACAUUUUGCUUUUUAUGGACAAGAUGAAGUACAUCGAAGCAAGUGUACUCUGUGUAUUUGUUUAAAGUAUAUAAAAAAAACAACCCUGCCAGACAUGAUUAUUCCCCUCAGCUUAGAGCAUUUCCGAAAAUAACAUCACUUACAGAAAAUAAAUAUUAAACACAAAUACUUGAAUCAAUGAAAUACAAAGGAAAAAGGGCCACACUCAAAAGAAAAAAUAAUCAACUUUGAAAAGGGAAAAAAAAAGUCACAAAAAUUCCUAAUUUAACUUGGAAAAUCAACCUUACAAGAUUAAUUUUUUCCCGGGGACAAAAGACUAUCGUUUGAAAAAGAAAAAUUGUCAACAAAAAUGUUUUAAUAUUACACGAGGGAAAAUCUAUUGUUUUAUCAAAACAAGUCGAUAUUUGCCAAGCAAAUGUCAUUUUUGUAGUAAAAUGUGAAGUCAAAUUAGAACAUUUUAAAAACAAGCUACUAUGAGGGGAAAAAUAUUUUACAAUCAAGUUGUAUUUUUGCUCACAUUAUUUUCCCAAAAAUUGUGAAAACACUUCAUCGAACUGUCACAUUGUUGGCGUGUAGAUUUAACAUUCUAAACGUAAACUUUAUUCAACGUACAAACUUACACAAUGUAAAAAAUGUAAACCGUAUACAAGGUAAAAAAAAAUGGAAACUUAUACCACGUACAAACGAAUACAAGGUCAAAACAUACAUUUUAUACAAUGUAAAAUAUGUCAACUUUAUACGUCAAAAACACUUUAUACUACGUAAAAAGCGUAAACUAUACUACAACGUUCAAAACUACACAACGUUAAAAGCUUAAGGUUUAUACACUGUACAAGUGUAUACAUUUUAAUAAACUUAAACUUUUUUUCUUCUAUUUUUAUAGCGCUUAUCCUGGUUAGGUUCAGGGGUAAGCUGGAGUCUAUCCCAGCAUGGGGAGACAAUGCAAAUUGAUUGUGCGGCCUACAUGAUGGUCCAUUGUGCGCUUUUUUACAUCAUUUGUAAAAAAUAAUUUCUAUGUAAGAUUACGACUUUAAAUUAUUGCACAACUUUUUUUUGUAACAUAACAUGUUUUCUGACUUUAUCCUCUUGAGACGACCAAAUAAUUCUUGCAGUUGAAUUACUGUUUUUCUUUGAAAGUGUGGCCCUGAUAUCUCCUUGGCAACGACGCACCAAGCAAGGCAAAUGGUCUAAAAGCUAGGCUGAGAGGCUUGAAAUGUGUUGCAUUGAGUUACAAAUCCUUGCAAAAACUUUGAAAUGCAAGUGUGUGUGUGUGUGUCACCUUCUAAUGUUGCACUUAGUGUGUCGUAGCCCUCACUCAGCUAAUCGUAGAUAAAAGUACGGAGGGGAGACGGUGACAAUUCAUGUGUAAAUGUUUACUCAAGGACUUAAUGGACUUUUUCUUUUCAUUGUAUAAAAGUUUAUCUACCUUAUAGUGGCUUUUAUUGUGGAAUAAUCCCCAUGCAGGAUUAUCAAUGAGUAUUGCACCAUUUUGCUCCCAUGUAAAAAGGUUGAAAAAAAACUAUUAGGGGUUGAAAAAAGGUUGAAGAUAAGAAGUGUGGCCAUAGGACUGGUGUUAGCGUCAAGAGCAAUGGGAAACAGGAGGGGAGGUCAUUUCAGAGGUGCCUAUAAUUUUGUUUGAUUCUUCUUCUGCAAAAGCCACUUGUCGUUUACAAGCAUUUCAUUUGUGUAACCGUGGAGCGAGUAGGAAUCUAUGACAGGAAUGUUGUGUGUUUCAUAAAAGCGUCAAACACGGACAUGAAAACCUUGCGAAAUGAAGAUUUAUGCUACUUUGCGAACUCUGGGAUUGAUCAGUGUUGUGUUGUCGUCCUAUUUCAAGUUGUUGACACAUGAUCUCUUUUUGUGUGUGUGUGUGUUUGUGUUGUUUGCCAUUAUGUUGGGUCACUAUCUUGCACACUUGUAAAAGAUUCAUGGAUUUUUGUCUCAGGAAGGUCAGGGUUCUAACAUCCCAACUCCUCCAUCGUUUCUUCACAACUAAGCAACAGGCACCGGUGAAGCGUUUGCUUUCUUUGUUUGUUUUGAGUUGAAAAGACAAGAAGAAAUGUUUGUAGCAAGUUCCGCAUAUUUACCAAAUAAGACUGAGAAUCAACUGAAUUUAAAGAGAAAAAGAAAGUGCUUUACAUGUGAAAUCCCAAGUAGACGUUGCUUUACAUUUGAAACCGAUCAAUGAAAAUGUUCUUGCUUCUUUGUGUAUUCCUGUGCAGGAUGUUACUUGUCAAUCAUCUCUCCGUGCAAACAGCUGGUUUUUAAAAGGAUCAUGAUCUAUGCACAAAGUGGGAGGGGCAAGUCCUUGGGGUUCAGGGUUUGAUGUUGGCUUCUUUUUGUCUCUUGUCAUGUUUUAGCGAGCCCUUACAUCGCCAUGCUGUGUAACCCUUUUAACCAAUGAGCGCUUGUCCUUCUGCUAAAGCACUGUGGGUCCUACUGAGAAGAAGCCCAGGAUUUUAAUAAAAGGCUCUUUAAAGGGGUUUUUAGGAUUGGGGGGCGGGGGGUAAUGUGGGUACUUUUGCCUUUACUUUAAAAAGAAAAGAAAAAAACGUGGAGAAAAAAAAAUGUCUGUAACUGAAAUACAAAGUUGUGGCUUUUAAUGUUGUUCCUUUUCCUCAUAGAAUGUGAUUGUUAAGGACAUGCACCGGACAAAAACAAGUUUCCAUGUGAAUUUAUGGAGCUUAUUUCCGAUUCUAUUAAUAAAGUACAGAUUUUCUUGGCUGUUA